AUGGAACUCCUCUCUUACUGCUCAAUCGACGAGGUACGGGGGAUCGACUACUCGGUCGACGACCCGUUGAACCGGGAACCCAGUACUAAAGAAUUGGUAUCUAGCUUCAUUACACCCUCCAAUAUUGCCUAUGACCGCAAUCACGGCGCAAUACCGCAUAUAGCCUCCUCGAAACACUUCGUCCGUGUGAACGGCCAAGUCCCUCAUUCCUACAACCUAACUGUUCACCAGCUUGCGACUGAAUUCCCCCAACACGAGGUAACAUGUGCGCUUGAGUGUGCCGGGAACCGACGACAUGCGAUGCGCACGUUGCUCAAGGAGGUUGAUGGCAUUGACUGGGGCGAUGCCGCUGUGAUGAACUGCACAUGGAAGGGGCCGCGGUUGAGAGAUGUCUUGCUCCGAACCGGAAUGGCAGAGGACGAAGACAAGAUUCAGUGGACAAGGGGGAGAUGGAUGCAUGUGUGUUUCUCGUCGUAUCAAGUUCGGUGUCAGGAAGAUAAAUGGUUUGGGGGGAGUGUGGAGCUGGGCAGAUGUCUGGCGGAGGAAGGCGAUGUUAUUCUGGCCUUGGAAAUGAAUGGCACCCCCCUCACUGCCCGGCAUGGCCACCCCGUCCGCGCCGUCAUCCCCGGCAUCUCGGGCUCGAAAUGGGUCAAAUGGCUCGACAGAAUCACCGUCCAGGACCAUGAAUCCCCUAACUUCUACCAAAGACACGACUACCGUGUUCUCCCCCCGGAGGUAACCGAUAAGGACACGGCAGAGAAGUUCUGGCCCAUUUCUCCUCCCCUGUACGACAUACCUGACUGGUCGAAGUCAAAGGAUAUGCGCUGCCGCAUGGUGCAGAUGGCCCCGGUCACCCGUGUCGAGGUCUCGGGGGACGGUGGGAAAACUUGGGUCGAUGCCACCCUGGAAGAGCCCGGGGCAUCGAUGAAAUGGUGCUGGGUGCUUUGGAAGGCGAGCAUCCAUUUGCCAAUGGGGAAGGGGAGGGAAAUUGUCAGUCGUGCCAUGGAUAGAGGCUAUAAUAGGCAGAAGGAGCAUUCGGAAUGGAACCUCAGAGGCGUGGGAUACAACGGGUACGGACGGGCGAGCGACUUGACAGUGGUAUCGUCGACACAUCUUUAG